AAACAACUCUCUUUCUUAUUCUCCUUCUUCUUCUUCCGGAGUUCUCAUGGCAAUGGAGCUUCGCUCGUUACAGACGCCGAGCGCGAACGCGAUCGCCUCUUCACGAGCUGGGCCGCUCGAGAAGCCGUUCCUUCGCUGCCAGGUCUUGCAGUUGCCGAGCCAUGCGAAGCGUUAUCGGUUCGUGGGGAAGGCGAGACCUCUCGAGCUCAGAGCUCUAGCUUCAGGUGCAACCAGAAUGAGCUCUGCGACAACUGAAGCAAUACCAAGUAAUGUUGAUAAGAAAGAUGAGGGUCUUGUAUUUGUUGCUGGUGCGACUGGAAAAGUUGGAUCACGGACUGUGAGGGAGCUUUUGAAAUUAGGGUAUCGAGUCAGAGCCGGAGUGCGAAGUGCUGAAAGAGCAGUAGCUCUUGUGCAGAGUGUUAAACAGAUGAAGUUUGAGGGGGAUGACUUAAAGGAGGGGUUUAAACCUGUAGAGAAGCUUGAAGUUGUGGAAUGUGACUUGGAGAAGCCCGAUCAGAUUAGACCAGCCUUAGCCAAUGCUUCCGUGGUUAUAUGUUGCAUUGGUGCCAGCGAAAAGGAAGUGUUUGAUGUGACGGGCCCAUACAGAAUUGACUAUAUGGCUACGAAGAACCUCGUUGAUGCAGCAACUUUGGCCAAAGUUAACCACUUCAUCAUGGUUUCAUCUUUGGGAACAAAUAAGGUUGGAUUUCCGGCGGCUAUACUGAAUUUGUUUUGGGGAGUGUUGAUCUGGAAAAGGAAAGCUGAAGAAGCACUCAUAGCCAGUGGUAUUCCUUACACUAUAGUGAGGCCAGGGGGAAUGGAGCGGCCAACUGAUGCUUAUAAAGAAACUCAUAAUAUUACUCUUUCAGAGGAAGAUACUUUAUUUGGAGGCCAAGUUUCAAACCUUCAGGUGGCAGAACUCAUGGCAGUCAUGGCCAAAAACCGUGGCCUUUCAUACUGUAAAGUGGUGGAAGUAAUUGCCGAAACGACUGCUCCACUGACUCCCAUGGAAGAGCUUCUUGCUAGGAUACCAUCUCAAUGCCAAGAACCACAGGAACCUGAUGCUUCUGAUUAUACUUCUCCUGCACCUUCUAAUGUAACCACACCGGUGCCUCCAAACAUCCCAGUUGUUGAGGAAAUUUCCACAGGCAAAGCAGUUGCAACUAGGCCACUCUCUCCUUAUCCCACUUACGAUGAUCUGAAACCACCUACUUCCCCGACUCCAACUCCACCCAGUAAUCAAAAAGUAAAUCCAGAUACCGUCACCCAGAUAGAUGCUUCAGACAGUCAAAUGAGUGCAGCAGACUCUACGUCUAGUGUCGAUGAGAUAGAAGUGAAAGUUGCACCUGAGAAAGCAAAACCUCUUUCUCCUUUUGUCGCGUCCAAAGAUCUGAAACCGCCUGUAUCACCUGCUCCAACUCCAUCUAGUGGACAACAAGAAAAUCCUGAUACUGUCUCUAAGAUCGAUCCUUCUGACAGUCCAAUGAGUGGACCAGAAUCUCUAUCUAGCAUUGAUGAAAUAAAAAUGAAAGUAGCAGCUGAGAAAGCAACACUGCUUUCUCCUUACGUCACAUUCAACAAACUGAAGCCACCAAGCUCACCUAGUCCCAAACCAAGUGGUCCCACAACCAUGCCUCUCCCAUUAUCGCUAAAACAGAUGACGUUUUGACCCCUGUUGUUGGAGGCAACGAUGUGGCAAUUGAAAGUGCUACGAUUGUUGAAAGUUAUGGGUCACCCUACUAUGUAUAUGAAGAUUUGAAGCCCCCAACUUCACCAUCUCCCAGUGUACCAAUCACACAGCCUCCAUCUUCAGUCUCUGUGAACGUAUCAGGAAAUGGUGCACCACCGCCUCAGCCUUUGAUGACAAACAAUCCCGAAGACCGGGAGGAA